GGAAGUAAGUCGCGCAACCUUCCCUCGGCCCUCAUCGCCAUUCUGUAACCUCAUCAUCUAACCUGACGCUUCGGAUCCCCGGCCCGGCCUGGCGCAGAGGCCGAAAAUGGACCUGAAGCGACUCAAGUUCGCGACAACGGAUAAACUCAGCCUCCCGCCCCUCGGACAGACACUCAUCAGGUGCCGUUUCAAAACCGAGGUCCAAGGGUUGGAGAAUCAACAGAUAGUCAACUUUCUAAAGGAAAUUCCGCUACCAUUCUCUUCAUCAGAGCUUUUUGGUGCACCCAUCGAUUCUGCGAAGUACCUUGCAGAAGGUGCUGAUGUCAAAACUACCAUUGAGCUUUUUCUGAAUAUAAAGGGUGGUAAUUUCCAAUAUCUGCCCGGUGACUCAAUUGGUGUUAUGCCCAAAAACCCAAAGAGCGAAGUCAUUGAGGUGCUUGACUGCUUAGGAUUAACCGAUCAGGCCGAGACCAUCGUUGAGAUUACGAUAGCUGAGGGGCAGAACCGUAAGAAGCUACCUCCCCAUCUACCUCGUGAACUAUCGCUGUUCGACCUGUUCGAGUCUUGCUUGGAUUUGAGAUCGAUUCCAAAAAAAUUGUUUAUUAGGGCCUUGUUAGAAUACACGGAUGUAGCUGAAGAGAAGAGAAGACUGGAAGAGUUUUGCUGCAAAGAAGGCUCCAAGGAGUACAACGAUCACAUUUUAAACAAUUCUAUCUGCUUAGUUGAUUUACUUAUGUCGUUUCCCUCCUGCAAACCUCCAUUAGCAUUAAUUUUAGAACAUUUACCGAGACUUAUGCCUAGAGUAUACUCUAUAGCGUCUUCACCACUGGAGCAUAAAAACAGAAUUCGUAUUGUGUUCAAUGUUGUGAAUGAUUUAAGAGGAAGGAAAGGCAUAUGCUCGAGCUGGUUACAAAAAAUAAGUCAUCCUUUUUUGGAUAUUACAGGCCAGUUGGAAGAUCUUAGCCUAUUUGAACAUUCUAAACACAUUGUAGUACCAAUUUAUCUGAGGAAAAGUUCCAGUUUUAGAAUACCUGAGGAUCCAAGCACAUCACUUAUCAUGAUAGGCCCAGGAACUGGUUUGGCACCUUUUGUCGGCUUUCUUGAACAUAGACAGAGGCAAAAAAAGAUCUCACCACGGCCAGAAGGCAUCACUUCUCUUUAUUUUGGCUGCCGAUACAAAACCAAAGACCACAUUUACAGAAGAAAUCUUCAACAUUUCGUACACAAUGGUACACUUAAUAAGUUCACGGCAUGUUUUUCAAGGGAAAGCCAUGAGGACGGUUCCCCACGAUAUGUCCAGGAUGUAAUAUAUAAUGACAAAGAAGAGUUUGUGGAUUUGCUCCUUCGAGACAAAACAUGUAUGUUCAUAUGUGGCGAUGCAUUAAACAUGGCUAAGAAUGUACAAGAAAUGGUCAUCAAAUCGAUUAGUGAUGUUAAAAAUAUUUCAUUAGAAGAAGCCACACAAAUUGUCAGCAGUCUUGAGAAAGAGUCGAAGCUUAUAAAGGACGUUUGGAGGUAAAUAAGAAAACAGAUUCAUAAAACAUGUAAGACUGUAAAAUCAUCUCAAAUAACAUUAUUAAUGAAAUAUAUGGCUUUUGAAAACCUUUUUUUUUAUAACAAGGUAUUAAAGGCUGUUUGUUGAUCACAUUGUUGGAAAUUUUAGCUGCAAUAUUGAAUGUGUCUAGUUGUGAGAAGUGAAUUUAAAUUAACUUAAGAAUGCCAAUUUUCAAUAAUUGUAUUCAAUGCCUGGCAUUGAUUGUGUGUUUGCUUUUCUAUUAAAGUGUGUUUCCAACAAGGUGAGAAUUGUGCCUUGAAUAAUAAAACCCUGAUUACACUAAUUACAAUUAUUGUGAUAAAUGUAUAGUUAUAAUUUAAAUACCAUUUUAUACCCAAAGAUUUUUAUGUAAACUCUAGUUUUACUCUGUCAUAACUAACAUGCAUUCUUUAUUUCUGGAUUUGUCCCUUUUCCAAAAUUUGGAAA